AUGGUGACAUCCUCGCGGCGUCAGUUCCUUCGGUGUUUUCGACCGCUGCAUGCCCUCUCGGGGCUGUUUGGUUUGUGGCCGUUUGUGGUGGAUGGAACCAAACCACAUCUAGCCCGCUGGAGCAUCCUGUACGCGUUGGCCAUCGUCACCGGCUACAGUGUGUUUCAUCUGUACAUCAACUACUCGGAUUCCUACGGCGUCGCGGCAGGUGAUUCCAGUCCCACCGACGAACCACAGUCAGCGGAAGUGAACUUUGUAUCAAUGAUCAUCGACAUCUACAACCGGUACUCGGGGCUGGUGCUGUUCUGGUUGCUGCACGGCCUUGCAUUGGCCAGCCGUCAACCGUUCGCAGCCAUCGUGACUGGUGUGCUUGUGAUUGAUGAGCAAAUAGCCCGCCGGCUGUGCCUUACGCCGGACCAUCCGCGCUGGUGCAGAUUCGUUUGUCUGCAAGUGGCCUUCACCUUCCUCGCCAUCGGUUUCUCCGAGUGGUACAACUGCAUCAUGUACAUGAGCGACUUCAUCCCGGCGUCCGAGUACUGCAUCUUCCAGUGCUACAUAACGAUGCUGACCAGCUCGACGGUCGAGAUCCAGUACAUGGGCUUUGUGAGCUUGAUUAAAAAUCGCCUCCAGCUGAUCAACGAGCUGCUGGUCGAGCUGACCGAGUACGGAACCGAGGAAGAGCAAUCCCGCUUCGACCGCUUCCGACCGGUCAGCCUAUCGACGACGGAGUUUCUGGGUGAAAUCAGUUCCGCGCACUCCCAGCAACCGCUCGCAGCACGUCCAAGCGAUAAUCCUCGCACAAGGGCUCGCCCGUUGACGGAAGACCCCAACCGAGAUGGCCCAUCAAUCCCCCGGGGCGAUUGGCAGUGGCAUAAAAUCAUGCGGCAACAGCAGCAUAAAAUAAUUACGGUCAACCAGGCGCCUCCACCAAGGCCACAGCAGAUUCGGGCGCACGAUCAAGCCCACACGCCCACCGGAAAGGGUGACGGUACCGGGGUCGAUGGAGUGGUGCCGGGCCAAUUUCCGCUGCUCGUCGCCAGCCUGAUGCAUUCACAAUCGAAAGCGUGCGAGCACAUCAGAAUGAAAAUAAUUAAUGACAUAAAAAAUGUAUACACACAUUUGCAUUUAUUAUCGCUGAAUAUUAAUAAAGCGUACGGGGCGCAGUUGAUUUUCAUUCUGAUGACGCUGUUCGUAACGCUCACCACGCUGCUCUACUACUGCACCAUGAAGCUAUUUCGGAUGCUCUGGUUGGGCCAGCGGGCAUCGUACAGCGAUUUGAUUACGACCUUCUGGAAGGUCUUCAGCACGCUCUCGUGGGCCUGCAUUUCGACGUUCCGCAUCCUGCGCAUCUGCAGCGUGUGUAAUUCGGCAAAAAACGAGGCACAAAAAAUCGGCAGCCUGGUGCACGGGCUGGGUUGGAAAACGCACUGCACCGACACGAGAUCGUUGGUGCGGAUCCUUUCGUUGCAGCUGCAGCAGCAGCGGAUCGAAUUCACCGCCGGUGGCCUAUUCACCAUCGAUCAUGGGCUAAUGUUUAAUAUCGUCGGGUCGCUCGCGACGUACCUUCUGAUAUUGAUACAAUUCGAUAUAGCGCAGAACGGAGCGAAGUGGAAGUCAGAUCCGGCACCCUCGACGGACAGUUUGCUUGCACGAGAACUUCAGUAG